AUGAGAUCGUUGGCAACUCAAUACUAUCAUCAAAUAAUAAAAAAGAUAAUAGGAUGAUCUAAUUAAUAUUUACGAAAAUAUAAAAAAUGAUGUAAAUUUUAGAUAAUCUCAUUAAGAUGUUUAAUAGGGGGGGGGUGCUCUAAUUGAAUACCUUAUAUUAUUAACUUUUUUAAUUAGAGUUUCAGCGAUCUGCCUCUUUAAAACUCCCACAUAUUUUAAGUUAUACUAGAAUAUGCAAUAUUAUGAGAACCUAUAAACUAGCUAUGCUUUUUAUAUACUUUAAUUAUAUAUAGAAAAGAGAAAUAAAGCCUUUUAUUAAUUCUAGGUAACUUAUUGUUUGAAUGAAUAUUAUAUCAUAUUAAGAGAAUUUCAAGCUGGAUAUUAAAAAAAAAAUUUAAAUUAAUACUUUUCAUAACUUUCUUUUUAUAUUAACCCAGAAGAAACUGUUUCAUAUGGGUCCAUUAUUUUCAUAUAUACAAAUCAAUUGAUUAUUAGAUCUUCUUCUUUUAUACUUUUCACUUUAAAAAUUUGA